AUGGCCUCGAUGCAUCCGUUCGGCAACGCCCUCCACUCACGCCACAUCCGCUCGGCCUAUCAACGCCGUCAGGAGGCCAAGAAGGACACACAGACCAAUGUUCUUCAGCGUUCUCGCUCCUCGCAAGCCAGAUUAGAGAAUAUGAAUCAACACAAAGAACAUGAACAACAUGAACAUCAUCACCAUCAACAUCAUCACAAGGAGAACAUUGAAAGACAUCCACUCUCUACUCUAGAGCAUCUGAAACGCCUCAAAGUUCACGAGAAACCGAUCUUUGCCUUGUCCCUGGAGCACGAACGCUUGGCGCUGGGUCAACUGACCUUGCCUACCUCACCACGUCGCGAACAUCGCCACUGGUUGAGUGCGCCGGAAUUGGGUGUCGACAGUAGCCAACGGGCUGUAGUGCAGAGCCCACCCCCGACACCUGGCUGGAAAUUGGAGUUUGGAUCGUUCGAUUUUCGCUCUACCGGUGAGUUUUGAGAUCAUUGGAGGCUUUCCUAGCGACUUAUAUUAUAUUGUACUACUCAUAGAUUGUACCAGACAGAAAUUAUUAAAUUAUUUCUUUCAGGCAUCCGCAAUGGCUUUGUCGACGCGAUGCAGACAUUCGCCAACGCUCCAACAGCCUGA